GCGACGUUGAAGGGGUAGCACUCGCCGUGCAUGAACUCGGAACGUGCUCCUAAGGGACAGCCACGGGAAACCGGCAAGGAGAUAACGCACCACGGUGAGAGCUAAAUCGAAGUUUGAAGUGGCUAUAUUUUGAGGGAUUAGGCGGAUCACUGCUGGCGCGGUGGGCAGUGCCGCGUGCAAGUUGGCUCAGGGGCGGCGGGCAAUGGUGACCUUGCAGCCCGCGCGGGCCGCCACCACCGCCUCCGACCAGGACCCCCUGUUGGUGACCACGCCACCCAGCGGGAUCAUCCCCGACCCCGGGGGCGGCGGCGGUGAUGGCGGCUUCGAGGAAAUGGUCCUGGUGGAAGGCGUGAUCGGCGCCAACGGGGGCAGCAUUUCGGCCAAGUGUCGCCGGGGGCGGCUCAGCCUCCGGUGCCGCAGUCCUCGGGGUCCGCCACCCAAGUCUCCGCAGACUCAGAGACGACCCUCGCCCCCAACACUUCUCAUCCGCAGCGCCACCGCCGACUGCAUGGGGUCGCCGCCGGGGGUGGACACGGUGGUCACCAUCACGGACACUGAACAGGUGCAAGUAGCAUUGGCCAGCCCUAAACAGAUGGGGCAACUCAGGAACACCCCUGACCUCAGGGUGGACUUCUUUUCUGAAUUGAAGAAUCUGGGGGAGGCUGAGCAGAAGAAGCACCAGGAAAAGGUGGCUGCAGACGCGGCCGGUGAGGGGGAAGUUUUCGCUGAAAACUGUGCAGCGUUGUCCACGAGUGGGGGCCCCGCGGGUUUAUAUAUACCGGCCGGCUCGCCGUGCAGAUCACCAAGCAGCGUGGUAGUCACACCGGCAAGCGGGUCGUCUCUCGAACUGCCCAGCAACUCGCCCACUAGCAUGAAGCAACCUUUGCAGCAACUGCCCGACGUCGCCAACCAGCUCACCCUCCAGGAAUUGCACGAUUUUGAUAUGCGUUACGGAAGUCCACACCACAGCCGCUCUCAGUCGGUGAAGACGGUGAAGCGUCCCAACUUCCUCAGCCUGCCGCAGCAGAGGUCCAGGGUGGCCUCGAUGCCCAACACCGGCAAUGAGGAGGAAUACUACAGACUGCGGCACUUCAGCAUCACCGGAAAGGGAGUGAUCAACAGAGGAGACUCGCUCAAGAGCAGGAGGUCCAGAAGCAACACCAGCGUCGCCUCCAGCAACUCCAGCCACACACACAGCACGGAACACAUAGGCGCUGGAGUUCCAAACAUGGUUUGCCUGGGCGCAGGAAGCUACCCUGGAUCAGCCAGGACAAGCGCCGAAGCCUCCUUGGCCAGCUCCAGGGAGUCGAGCACCAGCGGUGUCGGCAACGUGCCCUACAGGGUCAUCAUGCUCGGCUCCGCGGGCGUUGGAAAGUCGUCACUCAUCUCGCAAUUCAUGACCUCGGAAUACCUGCACGCCUACGACACAUCGCUCGAUGAUGAGUUUGGCGAGAAGGCUGUGUCUGUGUUGCUUGACGGAGAAGAGUCGGAGCUCACUUUCAUCGAUCAUCCCACAUCUGAAAUGUCGCCGGAAAACUGCAUCACAACGUACGAGCCGCACGCCUACGUCGUCAUCUACUCCGUGGCUGAGCGCGAGACGAUGCUGGCCGCCGAGGAAACCCUCCAGUUUUUGUGGAAAAAGGCGUCCGUCGGAACCAAGGCUGUCAUUCUCGUCGGCAACAAAACCGACUUGGUUCGCAGCAGAGCUGUCACGACUGAAGAAGGAAAAAAGUUGGCCACCUCAUAUGACUGCAAGUUCAUCGAGACGUCGAUCGCGAUCAACCACAACGUGGACGAGCUGCUCGUCGGCAUCCUGACGCAAAUCCGGCUGAAACUGCAAGACCCGGAGCGCUCGCAGAACCUGAUGCGCAAGCGGUCAUCGAGGCGGAAGUACCGGGGCGCGCGGACCACCGCCAGCCUCAAGGUCAAAGGUCUUCUGGGCAAGGUGUGGUGUCGCGACAGCAAGUCCAAGAGCUGCGAGAAUCUGCACGUCCUCUAACCCUGAGCCUAGCCAGGGCCGACAAAGCAGACUUGAAUGAUUUAUUUUUUUUUUCGUUUCGUGUCGUGGGCCGAUGAUCUCGCACUUUCCAAGGGAAGAAGCUUUAAUCAAUUAUAUAUAUACACACGCGCAGAAAAGGGUUAACCUUUCGUGCUCCCUCUAAACAAAACCAAAUUAGAUGUCUGGAGUUAUACACAUGCUGUCUGUAACCAAAUCUGAACCAAUAUUCAUAUAUAUCAAAUAGUCGUUUGAAGUUAAUUUCAAAAAAAAAUAUUGGUUGUUUAUCAAAUAUUUUUUUCCAUUUUUGAAAUGGUGUUUUCUUUUUAUUAUAUAAUGCUAUAAUGAUUGCCCAAGUUAAAUAAAAAAAGUAAUAAUCAUUUUACAACAACAGUUCAGAACCAACAAGGAAAAAAUGAUGGCGAAAUUGGGCGAAAUGUUGAUUAUUAAUCGAUGAGGUUAAAAGACUGUUAAUUAGCGAAAUUGAAGGUUUAAUUAGCUUUUGUAUUCAAAGUAAGUGGGAAAAGGAUGAAAAAUAAAUAUCAAUUAGUAUUUCGGGAAUAACUGGCCAAUUAGGCAGUGCGAAGCGCAUAACAUAGCUGAUGAUUUUUUAUGUGUAAACAACUAAUGUGAUAAGGUUUUUAAUUUUCCAUUUGUAUACUCUCUGUAGGAUGAGAUUUUUGUAUUUUCACAACUAACAAACUCCUCCAUGCAAUUGGUUUACUAACAAACAAAAAUUCAUGUAACCGCAACAGCUUUUCAUUUUGGUUCAAUAAAACGUAUGUACUCUUGAAGGUUUAUUUGCAAAAGCGAGGAGCGUAUAUUCCUUUGAUCAAAUAUUUACACGGGAAAAUCAUCAAUGAACAUCAAUUCAGAGGACUGUUUUAUAGUACCAUGAGCUUGUAGAGAAAUUUGAGAGGCGAAAAAAGUUGAAUAUCAAACCAGUCAUAAUAAUGAAGCGUACAUUUUAAUAAAUUCCAUUUAUUAUAAUAAUAAGAGAGCAACUGCCAAUUAGUAGUUGAAUAUAAUUGCUUUGCGCAAUAAUUGAAAAAUUUACAUAUAAUAUAUCACAUUGUUGCAUAAAUAUACAAAGUCAAAAAGGUCCAAGUAGUUAUUGAAGUGUAGAGCAAGUUGAUAUAUUUGCCGUUGUGUUGCCUUGCACAACACCAGCACAAGUACGGACGUCACUUUAUGAUUUGCGUGCAUUUUGACUGAUGAUACAUGAGCCAGCUAUAAUAAGCAGCACAUCAUAGUUCUGAUGAGAUCAAAAAAUUAUAUAUUACUAGGACAAGGAAACCGACCGAUUGUCAUAUCACAACAAAUAGUUGAGAAUUAAUAACGCACUUUCCGACAAAUUUUCUGGCUUCCUGUACACAAAGCGCGCACAAUUAAAUAACUAACCGUCAGUCGGGCGCACAUUCUUCCCCUUCUGCAGUUUUCGGUGCCAACUCAAAAAAUUAAAAUAUCUUCCCGCUGAAAAAUGAAAUCUCUCCUUCCAAUUGCAUUGCGUUAAUUUUUGCAUUUUUGUACUGACAAGAAUAUUUAUUCUCAAUACAAUAUCAUGAGGUAUUACUCAAGACCAAACUCAUUGCGUAACGCACUUUACGUCUAUUUUCAACAUCUGAUCAACUCUCUCAUAUCUAUAAAUAUGAAAUCUCACUGUUUGCGAAUGUGCUGGACUUAAAUAUCACACAUCUCGUCCAGUCUGCUCUCUUGAUCUAUUUCAACCAAAAAAAAAAAAUAGUAAAUUAAUUGUUAAUAGUGGCCAUUCAAAAGCGCCGUGUGUGAGUUGACGGACAAAAAUAAAAUGUUUUUGAAUUUCUGCGCUGUUGGGUGUUUUUUGAAUUUUGGAUGUCACAUCUAAGAUAUUAACUAAUUGUAUCAUACGGAUGAUGUGUUCCUCUCUCGCAUCAUCAAACACACGUUUUUGUUGUACAGAAAGAGCUCCCAUCUCUAUUGAUGUUAAGUGUUGCAGAUCGUUUAAUUGUUGACGAAUAAUGUUUUAUGGUUGAGUUGAUCAUUCGCGAACCGAGCAUCAUGAAUCAAAAUAUGAGAUAAAAAGUGGUUAUGCAAUACUAAUGAUGUACAUAAAAUGAAUUUGUGUUGAAUGUCUCUCCCGGUGUAUUUACAUAAAUUACAGAAAUUCGCCGUUUGGUCUAAAGCGGGACUUUGCUCGCCCAAAUGAUAAAUAGCAAUGUAAAUAACUCGAUCAGCCCCUUUUUCCAAAAUGUUUAGUAAGAAAAAUUUAAUUUCAAUAGAAAAUUAAGCGGGUGGCCAAAGUUCAAGGUUUAGACGUUUUAGAAAGAAAAUAUUAUUCUCUCUUGGGGCCGUCAGAUUUGAGACUUUUAACAUUUUUUCUUUCAUUGCAUAAAAAAUAAAAUGUUGGGUUCCAUAAAAUUGGCAAAGCAACUUGAGAUUUUCAUAAAAAAAAUUGCUAAUGUAAGUGAAUGUAUCAUAACUUGAGCUUGGGGGACAAGAAAAAUCAAUGAAUUAAUUUUGUUAAUUUUUGAAAUUAUUAGCCGAGGUGUAGACGCAAUUUAUUGAGUGUAAAAGAACAUGAUCGCCCAUGAAAUAUUAAUUCUUCCAAGCUCAAUUUAACUCCAAAGACACAGUUUUCAAUGUUUAAAACCUUUUGAAGCGUUCGGGCAUUUCGGGUAAAAUUGUUUUCAAAAAAGCCGCAUGUAAUGACAACGGUUUUAGUGCAGAAUUUACUCUCUUUGUCUAAAUAUUACAUAGGACUAAAUUAGAUACUCGCCAGUGAAUAAUAAUAAAAAAAAUACGUGUGCAAUACAGCCAAACGCAUAAAGUUUAAAAACCCCGUUUGCUGGUUUAAAAAAAAGAUGAGCAGAAUCUCUGUGUAAAACUGAACUUUAAAUGAAAAAAAAAUGUAUAAUUUUUUCCUCGCUCGUUAAGGCGAUGAACUCAAAUGGCAUUUAAAGGAGAGAUGCUAGAAAUUAAUUAGUAAGCUCACAGUUUAAAUCAUUACUACGUUUUGUGUUUAAAUGUAGUUUUCCGAUAUGUAAUUGAUGAAUUUUAGAUUUGCUAUGAUUAUUACUUAUGAGACGGAGACGCAUUGCUCACUGCAAUAAUACCUAUGUAAUGUCACACAAAACACACCACCACACAAAGAACACUAUAAUCAUCACCUAUAUAAACAUGAAUGUAUCACCAAAUGAGAUGUAUCAUGAUGGCAAUGUGAUUAAAAACAUUAUUUUACUA